AUGGACGAUGAUAUGAUCAUGCGUAAAAAGCCAGAAGCAAUCGAACUAGAAUUCCAGGACAGUGGCGAAUCAGCACUUGUAAAAGUGAGAAAUUAGCUCUAUUUUCUCACACAAAAUGCCCGAAUUUUAGUCCACCUUGCUCAACAAUCUUCAGAAUAGCGCGUGGGAAACAUCAGUGAGAAAAGAAGUCAAAAAGUUCUUGGAGGUUAGCAUAUUUUCGACGCUUUAUCAAACAUUUCGAAAAACUCGUUUUGUUUGCUCUCGGUCUAAAAUUUUCACGAUAAACGAAACUGACCGUUCAAAACAAUUUACUUAACCUGAAAUUUACAGAAAGCCGGCGAUGAUGUGAGUGCGAAAGAGGCUUUCGACGCCGUCAAAGACAUGGCACGACGAGAGAUUCCGCAGGAGGCCAAGAAGAAACUCUACGAUCAGGUGCUCGAGUUCGUCGCCAACGCCAACAGCCAAUGA